AAGCCCAGUAAUGUGUCUGAAAAAGGAAAAGAAGCCCAGCAACCAGUGUCUUCUCGCGACUCGCCGGAGGUGGCUAGCUAUAGCCUAUUCUCGAUAGAUUUACCGGACAUUAUAGACUCGCCGCUCCGGCGAGUUUCUUCGCGCUGCUAAGUCUAUUAAAUUGUUGAACCGAAAGUUUUUAAGUUAUUUAAUAGGAAGCAUAGUGAACAUGCCUAAACUUCUGUUUAUUUUUACCAGAUCGAAAGUCCGCGCGAGUUCGAUAGUGCAAACACUUUUAAAUGAUAUUCGAAAUGGAGGAAAGGAAAUUGGAGGCUUUAGCCAAGCUAUGAGAACUUUCACUACCUCUAGCGGGCAUGUCGAGGAGCCUGUUUCAGGAUUAGGGCAAAAACAAAUUGUUGAUGCACUUGUCUUUGGAGAGAGAAGCAGAGCUGUUAGUCUUCUCUAUGACUUUAGUCUUGGAAACAACAAAUUGAGCGCCAAUGAUUUCGCUUCAAUCCUGCAAACUUGCGCAAGAUUGCCUGAUCCAUUAUUUGUGAUGGAGACUUGGAAGAUUAUGGAGGAGAAGGAAAUCGACAUUAGUGCCAAGUGCUAUUUUCUUGCUGCUCGAGCACUCUGUAAAGGGGGUUACUUGAAGGAGGCACUCAGUUUGAUGAGUAUCAUGGAAGAAAACCCAAAUAGUUAUUCUAUGUUGCCUGUUUAUAACAACUUCUUGGUGGCUUGUUCUGAAACACAUACAGUAGAUUAUGCUAAUGAAUGUAUGGGUUUGAUGGAGCAUCAGAUGGUGGGAAAGAAUGAGAUAACAUAUGCUCAGUUUCUCAAGCUUGCAGUUUUGCAGCAAAACCUGUCUGCUGUCCAUGAAAUCUGGAAGGAAUGUAGUAAAUAUUACAGUCUCAGCGUUAUUUCUCUUAGGAAGUUUAUAUGGUCCUUUACGGAGCUGAGAGAUCUGCAAUCAGCCUACACAACCUUACAACACAUGGUGAGCUUGGUUGUUAGAGAAAACUCUUACAUAAGUAGAACUGCUGAAGGAAGGUUUUGUGAUUUAAGAUUGGAUAUUCCAGCGCCUUCCACUGGCAACCUGAGUUUCAUCGAUGCAUCUCUCAACACAGAGGGUAGCACCAAUUUUGACUUGGAAAGGCAAAGUAUUGGCAGCAUUGAAAUAAGCACAGUAAAAAAACCAUUAAGUGCAUCUGUUACGAAGCUUUUAAGGUGGUCCUUCAAUGAUGUCAUGCAUGCUUGUGCAAAAGUUCAAAAUUGUGAUUUGGCUGAGCAGUUAAUGUUACAGAUGCAAACUCUUGGUUUGCAACCAUCAGGGAGUACAUAUGAUGGCUUCAUUAGGGCAAUUGUUACCACAAGAGGAUUUAGUGAUGGAGUGGAAGUGCUAAAGGUUAUGCAAGAGAAAAAUAUUAAGCCUCAUGAUUCAACUCUUGCUGUUUUAGCAGUCAUCUGCAGCAGAGAGUUACAACUCGACAGGGCAGAGGCUUUCUUGGAUGAGAUGGCCGAAAUCCGAAGUCCUCGUCCUUAUAAUGCUUUCCUUGAAGCAUGUGAUGUCCUGGAUCAACCUGAACGAGCAGUUCAGAUAUUGGCUAAGAUGAAAAAGUUGAAUCUCCAGCCAAAUAUCAGGACAUAUGAAUUGCUAUUCUCAUUGUUUGGUAAUGUGAAUUCACCUUAUGAAGAGGGCAACAUGCUGUCACAAGUGGAUGUUGCUAAAAGGAUAAAUGCUAUAGAAAUGGAUAUGAUGAAAUACGGCCUUCAGCACAGUCACCUGUCAUUGAAGAAUGUGUUGAAAGCGCUUGGAACAGAGGGGAUGAUAAAGGAGCUGAUUCAAUAUUUACAUGCUGCGGAGAAUCGGUUCUCUCGUUAUGACACUUAUAUGAUCACACCUGUCUAUAAUACAGUUUUGCAUUCCCUUGUUGAGGCUAAAGAGAGCCAAAUGGCAACGCAGAUUUUCAAAUCUAUGGUGUCUUCUGGAGUUCCACCCGAUGCUGCAACAUAUAACAUCAUGAUUGAUUGCUGUAGCAUUAUUGGAUGUUUCAGAUCUGCACUUACCCUGAUCUCUAUGAUGUUACACAAUGGUUUCAAUCCUCAAGCAGUGACUUUAACUGGUCUGUUAAAGAUAUCGUUGAGAUCUGAGGACUUUGAUGGUUCAUUAAAAUUGUUGAAUCAAGGAAUUUCAGAAGGGAUCCAGCUUGAUGUACUUUUAUAUAACACCAUUCUUCAAGUGGCAUCUGAGAAGGGAAGAAUAGAUGUCAUCGAGCUCAUUGUGGAGCAGAUGCACGUCCAUGGGGUUCUGCCAGAUCCAUCAACUUGCAGUCAUGUUUUCGCUGCAUACAUAGACCAUGGAUUCUACAAUACUGCCAUGGAAGCAUUGCAAGUUUUGAGUGUGCGAAUGAUUGCUGGGUGUGACAACAUUGCGGAUGACAAGCAAACUGAACUCGAAAAUCUAAUUCUUGGUGAAGACUUGGAAGACGAGUCCCAGAUUCUUGAGCCUUUCAAAGACUCAAAGGAAUAUCUUACUGUUGCCUUACUACAAUUAAGAUGGUGUGCCAUACUUGGAUAUCCAGUAUCGUGGUCACCUAGUGAAAGUCAAUGGGCCAGGAGACUUUCAAAUAAUCUUGCUUCAAUGAGUGGUUCUCUAUGAAGGUUUCAUGGUUGGACAACGUUGGUUGACUCUUCUAAUCUUGCAAAUCGCCUGGUAUGACAGCGUUCGGUUCUGAUUCUGCAAAGUCUUGAUAUUUUAAGGACCGGAAUGGGUUAACGAGGAUAUGGUUGUCAUUUCAAUACCAGGUGUCAUAGGUAGUCAAAGUCAGAAUCUUCCAUCGUAUGAAAUCCUGGCAAUUUUGUGUGCUAUGCCUUGCUGAUUGUACAGCAGUAGCAGCCAAAGGUUUCAGCAGAACAAAUUAGGGGAAAAAAAAAAGCGGAAAAGGGCCAAAAAUGUCCCCAACGUAUUGGAAAUGACUCAAAAAUACCCUUCGUUAACCUUUUGGUCCACAAAUAGCCUCAACGUUUUAAUUUGGCUCAAAUCUAUCCUUUCAUUUAACGGACCAUCCAUGGCAAAAUCCGAGACUUUACAAUAGCCAUGUGGCAUGCUAUAAACAUGUCACGUGUAUUUUCCAAUAAUAAAUUAAAACCCACCCGUUUGUUUAAAAGUACCCAACCCGCCGCAUGAUACCUGACCCGUUUCUUUUUAUCAAAACCUUGUACCCCAUUCUUUCAUCCUCGUUCAAACAAGUAGGGUUCUGCAAGUCCAUUUUCUCCUUUAUAAUCUUUUUCCUCUUCUUUCUUUCAACUUCAUCAGAGAACAAAGUGCAAAGAAUGAAUUUUUUUUACUAUUGUCAGGAUCUAUUUUCGUCGAAUUUGUAGCUACUAAAGUGAUGUAAUGGAGACUAGUAUAUAUCUAAAACUGCAUAUUUAAAGUUGUUUA